GGCCGCCAUGUUGGCGGUGGGUCGGUAUUUAUGAGAUUUCUGGGGAGCUACCAAAAUAGUUUCGCAUUCUGACUGGGUAUAUUCUGGGAAGAAAAGAAACUAAACCAAUAAAUUGGGAGGGUUAGCUGUUUGCCGUGAGGAGAUGAAAGAAAUGUCAGCCAACAGUGUUAUGCUGGGGCCUCAGCCUCAGCAGGCUCAGAAGCAUUAUGGGAUCACUUCUCCAAUUAGCCUGGCUUAUCCCAAAGAUGUGGAUGAUAUUUCUGCUCAGAGGUUGAUUGAAGCCUUGAAACCAUUUGGAGUAUUUGAAGAGGAAGAGGAAUUAAACCAUAGAUUAGUUGUUUUGGGUAAAUUGAACAAUUUAGUUAAAGAAUGGAUAGCAGAAAUCAGCGAAAUUAAGAAUCUACCAGCAUCAGUCAUCGUAAAUGUUGGUGGAAAAAUAUUUACAUUUGGCUCAUACAGGCUAGGAGUGCAUACAAAAGGUGCUGAUAUUGACGCACUGUGUGUUGCUCCACGUCAUGUAGAAAGGAGUGAUUUCUUCCAGUCGUUCUUUGAAAAACUAAAGCAGCAAGAAGGAAUCAAGAACCUGAGGGCUGUUGAAGAUGCAUUUGUUCCAGUUAUAAAAUUUGAACUUGAUAAUAUUGAGAUUGAUCUUGUAUUUGCUAGGCUAGCUUUGCAAACCAUUCCAGACAAUUUGGACCUCCGCGAUGAUUCUCGUCUGAAAAACCUUGACAUUCGAUGUAUACGAAGUUUGAAUGGUUGCAGGGUUACAGAUGAAAUUCUUCAUUUGGUGCCAAAUAAAGAGAAUUUCAGGUUAACUCUUAGAGCCAUUAAGCUGUGGGCAAAAAGACGUGGAAUAUACUCUAAUAUGCUUGGAUUCCUUGGCGGUGUUUCAUGGGCCAUGUUGGUAGCAAGAACCUGUCAGUUGUAUCCUAAUGCAGUUGCAUCUACUUUAGUCCACAAGUUUUUUCUAGUCUUUUCCAAAUGGGAGUGGCCAAACCCAGUAUUGCUUAAACAACCAGAGGAUAGCAACUUGAACCUGCCAGUUUGGGAUCCACGGGUAAACCCAUCUGACAGAUAUCACCUGAUGCCAAUAAUAACUCCUGCCUACCCACAACAAAAUUCCACAUUCAAUGUGUCCUCGUCAACUCGAACAAUAAUGAUCGAAGAAUUCAAGCAAGGUCUUGCCAUUACUGAUGAAAUACUACAAAGUAAGACAGACUGGUCUAAGCUCUUUGAACCACCCAGCUUCUUCCAAAAAUAUAAGCACUACAUUGUAUUAACAGCAAGUGCAUCCACUGAAGAACAUCACUUAGAAUGGGUUGGUCUUGUUGAAUCAAAAAUCCGUGUACUUGUUGGCAACCUUGAGCGAAAUGACUACAUUAAUCUUGCCCAUGUAAACCCACAGUCUUUUCCUGGCUUAAAAGAGCAUCACAAUCUGGGUGAUUAUGUUACCAUCUGGUUUAUUGGAAUAAUUUUUAAGAAGGUGGAAAAUGCAGAAAGUGUAAACAUUGAUCUGACACAAGAUAUUCAAUUAUUCACUGAUACAGUGUAUAGACAAGCAAAUAACAUUAACAUGUUGAAGGAGAAAAUGAGAAUCGAAGCUACACAUGUCAAGAAAAAACAGCUCCAUCAGUACUUGCCAGCUGAAAUCCUACAGAAAAAAAAGAAGCAAAGCAUACCUGACAUUAAUCGGAACUCUUCUGGAAAUGUUGGAAAUCUAAAUCGCACGUCUUUAGAAGGAAGUCCUUUGGACAGUUCUAGGGAUACUGAUGUUGGCACCCCUUUUGGUUCUCCUGCAUUGUUACAAAAAUCUUCCAAACCAAAUACUCAGGGAACAGAGGACUUGCAGAAACAUAGUAUUUCACCUGGAAAAAUACAAGCUUCAGAUGUAACAAAACAAAUUCUUAACGAUGGCAAUUCUCCAGAAACUCAGCUUGGCCAAGGGAAGUAUCGGCCUGUUGUUGCAAAGAACGAUUCUAUUUCCACUACUACGAGUUCCACUCCUUCUCAAGCACUCUGUUCUAUUCCCACUGUUGUUGGGCGCAGUGUAAUUCCUCGUUUGACAUCUCCAUGUAACCAGCCACUGCCAAAUGGGACCAAGUUAACAACUAGCCCAAACAGCUCUUCAUCAAAACGACCUCAUUCACCUACGUUGGAAGAAUCUCCAAAACGGCUUAAAGACCUCCCGGUGAUGUGUACUAUUGAGCCAGAUGAUUGUGCUUUCAAACAAUCUUACUCAUCAAAUGAAGAGGAUGCACAAAAAUCUCAGAAAGAUGGACAGGACAGCCAAGGAGAAGUGAAAUCCAUGCCCAUUCCAACAAUUGAUACAAGAUCACAGAGACUACCCAGCAAGGAGCUACCAGAUGCAUCAUCUCCAAUUCCCACGAGUAGUAUACGUGUCAUAAAAAAUUCCAUCAGACUAACCCUUAAUCGGUAGCAACACUGACUUGUCAGGUAAAAGUCAUUUGUAAUUCUUAAACUAUUCAAGCAUGUCAGCUGUAUUUUGUUAAAAUUUGCCCAGACGUUGAAAGUGGAGUUCUGCUAUAUUAUUGUUAUCCUGACAUGGUGUUGAAGCCAGAAGGUGGGUUAGUCGAAACUACUCCAUUAUAUGUUUUGCAGACAAGAUGCAAAAGGUACCAGAAGUACAUUUUGGUUUACAUUUCAAAACAUGUACUGAUGACUGACUCUGGUUAACCAAUAUCCAUAAAUCUGAGGCCUUGUUAUAGAAAAUGAGGAAGGAGGGGGGAGAAAAUCAAAGCCUUAAGUGGAUGGAAUAGCUUCUGGCCUCUUAAGAUCAACCAGUGUCUCUGGACGUAUUUGUCUCUUCGCCCUGAAUUAUGCAUUGUAUGUGUGUAAAUACUUGUGAACAGCCUUUUAUUGAAAAACAAUCAGUAUUGCAUUGACAGUUCUUUUCAGAAGGCUGAUGUGUAAUUUUAAUAAUUGUAAAAUAACAAAAAAAACUUGUCCUGUGUAUUUUUAUGUUACCCCUCCCCGUUAAUGUUUUGUGUAUAUAACAAAAAACAAAAAAAAGUAGUCCUUUUAGUUAUUGGUAUCGGGUUUUGAGGUUUAAAAUCUUUACAGUUGGAGAAUUUCAUCACUUCAGGAAAGCAUUUAUAGGUAAUUUUGUUUUUGAUUACUUCUAAUGGCCAAUGACAAGUCUGCUGAUUUUUCUAGUGUGUGUGUGUGUAAAUAUAUAUAGCACUGCAUAUAAAUGUCUACAAAGCAGAAUGAAAAGUUUAGUAAUUGCCUAAAAUGUCUUUUUCUGCUGUAACUUCAUUGUCACUGUGAUUUACAUUUUCCAGUGCAUUCAGUUGAUUGUUUUGUAGGCCUAAAAUCCAUAUGUAUUUGAAAGAAUAUUUUUGUAUUUACUGUAUAAAAAAAUUAGAGUAAAAAACUUUAAAAACUUG